CGGACACUCGGACGAGCGCGGAACAAAGGGCCAAACAUACUCCGAGUCCGCUCCGCCUCCGGGGCCCCGGUUACCUGCGCAGAGCCACACUCUGAGGCAGGUGCUGCUGCCCGCCAGGGACACUGCUGCAGGAGCUCUCCAAAUGCCGCCAGCUCCUUGCCCAGGCCAGUCCCUCCAUGCUGUCUUCAAGCCCUGCUUCCUGCACUUCUCCCAACCCUGACAGGGAGAGCCCGAGUAAAAAGGUCCAGUGGGCUUCUGGGAGGAGUAGAACAUCAUCCACAGACUCCAAGUCCCACCCUGACCCCUCCAAAGCGUCCAGGUCCCGGAGAUCAAGCCGGCUGACGGUGAAGUACGACCGGGGGCAGCUCCAGAGCUGGCUGGAGAUGGAGCAGUGGGUGGACACCAAGGUUCAGGAGCUCUUCCAGGAUCAACCAACCCCUUCUGAGCCUGACAUUGACCUGGAGGCACUCAUGGAACUCUCCACAGAGGAGCAGAAAACUCAGUUGGAGGCUCUUCUCCGAGACUGCCCCCGCCCCACAGAGCCUUUUAUCUCUGAGUUACUCAGUCAACUCAAGAAGCUCCGGAGACUCAGCCGGCCUCAGAAGUGAGACACGGGAGACUACGGUCAGCAGCCUCAGCACUGUUGGGCCUCUGAGUCUCUGGGUCCCAGGCUGAGAGGGAAGCGGCUGCUUGGGACAUGGACAGGGAACACUGGAAGAUGAGGAGGGACAUUUGGACAUCCCUAUUGUAUAUACAGUUACAGCUAGUCCUUGUCAUCUGGGUUUCGGUGAGCCAGCCACACUGUUGCCCAGUGCUUCCCUUGACAGCCAAAUGGAUAAAACCUUUAGGAGCCCCA